AUGCCCCUGAUCGACAAAGGACUCGACCUAAGAUCGCUUGAUCUGAGACCCCUGCCUAACCUAAAACUUGACCAACCGAAACUUGGUCUUAAGUUUGAUAGUGAUGAGAACGCACUUAGAUUUUAUAAUGAAUAUGCAAGAAGAGUUGGUCUUGGUGUUCGUAAAGAGAUAUGA